GGAAGCUACACUGUGGACUAUGGCGACUGCCGCUGAGCAGUGGGUACUGGUGGAGAUGGUACAGGCGCUCUACGAGGCUCCUGCUUAUCAUCUUAUUUUGGAAGGAAUUUUAAUACUCUGGAUAAUCAGACUUCUGUUCUCUAAAACUUACAAAUUACAAGAACGAUCUGAUCUUACCCUCAAAGAAAAGGAAGAGUUGAUUGAAGAGUGGCAACCAGAGCCUCUUGUUUCUCCUGUCUCUAAAGACCAUCCUGCUCUCAACUACAACAUUGUUUCAGGACCACCAAGCCACGCCAUUGUGGUGAAUGGAAAAGAAUGUAUAAACUUUGCCUCAUUUAAUUUUCUUGGACUGUUGGAUAACCCUAGGGUUAAGGCAGCAUCUUUAGCUUCUCUAAAGAAGUAUGGCGUGGGGACUUGUGGACCUAGAGGAUUUUAUGGCACAUUUGAUGUUCAUUUGGAUUUGGAAGACCGCCUGGCAAAAUUUAUGAAGACAGAAGAAGCCAUUAUAUACUCAUAUGGGUUUGCCACCAUAGCUAGUGCUAUUCCUGCAUACUCUAAGAGAGGGGACAUCGUGUUUGUAGAUAAAGCUGCCUGCUUUGCUAUUCAGAAAGGAUUACAGGCAUCACGUAGUGACAUUAAGUUAUUUAAGCAUAAUGAUAUGGCUGACCUGGAGCGACUACUAAAAGAACAAGAGGUCGAAGAUCAAAAGAAUCCUCGCAAGGCUCGUGUAACUCGACGUUUCAUUGUAGUAGAAGGAUUGUAUAUGAAUACUGGAACUAUUUGUCCCCUUCCAGAAUUGGUUAAGUUAAAAUACAAAUACAAAGCGAGAAUCUUUCUGGAGGAAAGCCUUUCAUUUGGAGUCCUAGGGGAUCAUGGCCGAGGAGUCACUGAGCACUACGGAAUCAGCAUUGAUGAUAUCGAUCUUAUCAGUGCCAACAUGGAGAAUUCACUUGCUUCUGUUGGAGGUUUCUGCUGUGGCAGGUCUUUUGUAAUUGACCAUCAGCGACUCUCCGGCCAGGGAUACUGCUUUUCAGCUUCAUUACCUCCCCUGUUAGCUGCUGCUGCCAUUGAGGCCCUCAACAUCAUGGAAGAGAAUCCAGGUAUUUUUGCAGUGUUGAAGGAAAAGUGCAAACGGAUUCACAAAGCUUUACGAGACAUUUCUGGAUUGAAGCUGGUGGGGGAGUCCUUCUCUCCAGCAUUUCACCUACAACUGGAAGAGAGCACUGGGUCUCGAGAGAAAGAUGUUAAACUACUUCAGGAAAUUGUUAACCAAUGCAUGGACAGGAGCAUUGCAUUAACUCAGGCUCGCUACUUGGAGGAAGAAGAGAAGUGCCUCCCUCCUCCAAGCAUUAGGGUUGUGGUCACAGUGGAACAAACAGAAGAAGAACUGGAGAAAGCCGCGUCCGUCAUCAAGGAGGUGGCCCAGGAUGUCUUGCUGUAGCUGAGUCCCAGGACCCAGUGGCCUCCUGCCACCCAACAUGCUAAUGGCAGUUUUCAGAGACCUCCCACUGGCCAGGGAGUGACCUAACGAGAGCACCUGAAUAUUUGAUAGUGUUGUUACCAGAUGGUGUGGAGAUGGACCGAGCGUGUGACCCUGAGAAGGAUGCUUCUUAUUUUAACAAAGAAAACACAUCUAAAAGCCCGGGAACUGAUCUUUUUAAGAGGAAAACCAAUGACAGCGUAUAACUGAUAUUUAAGUUGUGCUGUUUAGUACUAUUUAAAGGUUUUAUUAUACUAGUAUUUUAUAUCCUUUUUUGUUGUGGUCAUUUAAAACUGGAGCUUUAGUUUCUCUUUUCUCCCUUGUAAUAAUAACAAUUCCAUAAGCACUCCCUAACUAAUUAAUACUUCAUAGAAAAGACAGCUUAGCAACAUUAAAGCCAAGAGGAACACUUCAACAUAUGAGACACAAAAUUUAUUAGUGAAGAUCUAAAUCAACCACAUCUUUUCCAGUCUUCAUCAUAUGGAACUAAAUGGUGGCUAAAAAGAAUACUACUUAUGUGAUUAUUAUAAACUUUUCAUUAUAAUAUAUUUGAAUCCUAGGAUUUUUAUAUACACUAAAUAUUGAUGUUACACCAUUUCUAAUCUCAGCAUCCCUAACCAGAGAAUAGUCAUUAUACUUCCUAAUUGAGCAAUAAUUUAACUCAAAUACUAUUUUAUUUUAAUAUAAUUGACUCUUACAUUAUUAUAUGUUUUCCAGUCUGUUUUACGAAGAGGGUUAUUCUGUUGAUCCCAAAAUAUAAAUCACGUUCUUCAUAUUUUAGAGUAUCUCAAAUGUAUUCUUUUUUUGUAUGAUGUGUUUUCUUAGAGAGUAUAACUACAGGCUUUUUCUUAGCUAAAAAAAAAUGAGAAUUUUUUCUUUUCAGCUUAAGAAUUCCAAAUACAGGAGUCCCUCCUUAUCUGAAGUUUUAGUUAUCCAUGGUCAACCGUGGUCUGAAAAUAUUAAGGGGAAAUUUUCAGAAAUAAACAAUUCAUAAGUUUUAAAUUGAGCACCAUUCAGAAUAGCGUGAUGAAAUCUCUUGCUGUCCCAUCUGGGACGUGAAUCACCCUUUUGUCCAGUGCAUUCACCCUGUAUAUACACCACCCACCUGUUAGUCACUUAGUAAUUGAAAAGACAGUGUAUAUACAGUUCAGUGCUAUCUGCAGUUUCAGGCAUCCACUGGCGGGUCUUGGAACGCAUCCCCACACAUAAGGAGGGACUACUGUACCUAAAAAGAUGUGAAAGCACUAAAAAUAAAAUUUUUAAGCUGUAUUUUACCCGUUUUUUCUUUAGCAAACCAAGUUAAGUGGUAUUAAAGGUUGGUGAUAUUUGCCACAAGAUAGCACAUAAAUAUUACACCAUUAUUCCUUCUCAUUAAUGUUCAGUUUCUAUUUGCUUGAGGUAUUGUGUACAUAUGUGCCUUGUGAUUGCUGCUGCUUUAAAGGAUUCUGUACUCUC